AUGUCCUCAUUAUUCUACACAAAUGUCGACCGGGGUCCAAAACACUACCAGAUCCCCCACAGCCUUACCGAAUUGAGAACAGUCGAAAUACUACACAAUCACCGCAUAUUGGCUGGGCAGAUCUGGCCGUCAAUGAUGGUGAAGGUAACGGAUAGCAAUAUAACCGCGACUACGGUGGUUGUCGAAUCCGCUACUUCUAAAUUCAAGGCUACAUUUACCAGUCUUGAGAACGGUGUCUCAUUACAGGAGGAAGCGGUUAUGGGGUUUGGUGUUCAGAUUCAGUGGAUUGUGGUUGAUCGUUGCAUUCAUAGUGCCUCUCAGUUGGCUGACGAGUGUUUGCAUUCGAAUGCAGUUUUAGAGGAAAAUGUCCGCUUCUCGAGUCUCAAGAUUGUGGAUCGGUUUUUGAACUUCGUUGAUGACUUCAAUCCGAAGACGAAAUGUCUUAUUGAGUUUUUGGAAAACGUGGCUAGUGGAGAGAUAUCGAAGGAGGAUAUUAGAGUUAUUGAUAAAGGUUAUGGCGAUACUGGAAGAUUUAAAGACGAGUGA